CUCAAUUGGCUUCUGCAGGCGGCUUCUACUCCAAGAGAUGAUGGGGAAAAUCGGCUUCUCCCUGAUCCUUGCCCUGGCUCUGGUGACCCUCAGCACCUCUUCAGAGAGAAAGUGUGUCCUGUCCGGAUCGUGGAGGAGCAGCCUGGGCUGCAAGAUGGUUGUAUCCGAACUCAGCGAGGCGGGAGCAUUCUCAGGUUCGUACCUCUCUGCAGCAAUGGCCCCCAGAGCUGAUCUCCUGUCGUCGCGUCUGCACGGAAUCCAGCACAGCGCCAGCCAGAAGGAGCAGCCAACCUUCGGGUUCACCGUGAAGUGGCAGUUCUCAGAGUCUCCGCCAGACUCCAUGAGCGUCUUCGUGGGCCAGUGCUUCAUGGAUGACCAGGGAGAGGAGACCCUGCAGACCACGUGGCUGCUGCGCAAGGAGGUUGGAUCCCCCAGCGCCAACUGGGAAGCGACCAGGGUCGGCACAAACGUUUUCACCCGGAUCAAGUGACGGAACGUGGGCAAAGCCGUGAGGAGCGACGGUGUCCGGUGACCCAGCAGCACCGUGACCCCACUCUGCAGCUCCUGCCUCCUCCCCCACCCCCCACCCCCGCGUCCGGAAUUGUUCUGGGCUCUCUCGAGAGUGUCUCACCCGGUGUCAGGGCUGUUUGCUGGGCUGCAGAGGCGCCGUCUCUGUCUCCAUCUCCCCUCGCUCUCCGGUUACACCCCCAGAAUCGCUGCCCACGCCCCCCACGCUGCAGUUUAGUUCCUUUCCCAGUAAAGCUCUAGCGCGGGAGGCAAAUGAGUCUCUGGUGUUUUUAUCGCUCUUGGCCCUUGGGGUGAAGCUGUUGCUGAGCCGUGAUUCCCACUUGCCCUCUCUGGAUUCCCUGGGAGGUGUCGGAUUCUCUCCCACGAGCCGGGCCCUUCCUGGGACGCCCCUUGGCAGGUUCAUCCCCCUGGCUCGCUCCUUUGCUCGCUGCCCGUUGCCCGGGGCACAGAGUGCAACAGCCGCUGCACAGCCCCUCGGAGACGCCCUUCCUGCUAAACGGCCCUUCGCUCACUCAGGCGGUUCCUGUCCAGCGCGCUCAGCCCGGGGGUUCGUUUCUCUCGGGCAUCCGGCGCCGCCCACCUCGAGUUCUAGGCACCAGGAGCCAAAUAAACAUUUUCCAUCGGAAAAA